AUGGCGGCGGCGGAGGAGCUGACGUUACUGGAGAAGUUGCUGGGUUUGAGAAGAGGGAACAAGUAUAGCGCUCAAGGCGAGCGCCAGAUUCCAGUUCUUCAGACAAACAAUGGGCCAAGUUUAACAGGCUUGGCUACUAUUGCUGCUCAUCUGGUCAAGCAAGCCAACAAAGAACAUCUCCUGGGAAGCACAGCGGAAGAGAAAGCUGUUGUUCAGCAGUGGUUAGAAUACAGAGUAACUCGAAUUGAUGGACACUCUAAUAAGGAUGAUAUACGAAAUAUGUUGAAGGAUCUUAACUCAUAUCUUGAAGAUAAAGUCUACCUUACUGGUAAUAAUUUUACUUUAGCAGAUAUUUUAUUGUACUACGGGCUUCAUCGUUUCAUAGUUGACCUCACAUUUCAAGAAAAGGAGAAAUAUCUGAAUGUCUCUCGCUGGUUUUCUCACAUUCAGCAUUAUCCAGGCAUCAGACAACAUCUGUCUAGUGUUGUCUUUAUCAAGAAUAGACUUUACACUAAUACUCAUUAGAAGAUCAUCAAGAUUUCCACACCAUAUGGAAGAGUAAUUGAAAAUUGUUUAAAGGAAAUAGGAUUCCGGACCUUGUAACUAACUUAAAUAGAUGUUCAGUCCUUUGCAGACUGGAAGAACUUUUGAUAAUGUGUCAAAGUAUGUCUAAAUGUCUCAUUUGUUCUUUAGAGUUAAAAUUUUGCGGCUUUUUAAUGUAAAAAAAAUGCAACUGUAGUUUUUAAAAACUUGACUCAAAAUCAAGUUCUAAAUUGCCUUGUUUUUAGGUGAAAUUUAUUUUGACAAAGUUGAUCAGUGGCUCAAUCUUAAUGUGAUAAAAUCUACAGUGCUUUUAGUAUUUGUUUAGCUAUUUAUUGACCUCUGUUCCAUAUUUAAAUUUUCAUUUUUUCCUCCAUGAAUGUUUACACUAGUUUACUAUAAAACUUUAAUAAAUUGUGCCAAGGAUAAAGAAAGGGAAAAGAGGAUUUAUUUGUUCGCAGAUAUUUAUGUGAUCUAGUAAAUAUGG